GUACUGGGUCACAUUGCACAUCGAUCGUCGUCACUAAGGCCAGUCCUGCAUAGGAAACUUCUUCCAUACGUCCAGCAAGCUAGACCGGCGACCGGCUAUGAUGCUCCGCGCAUGUUGACGGACUAACGGGCACCGAGACGGUCUCGUACUGCUGUUGGCUUUGCCUACCCCUUCGCCCAAUCUUCCCUCUCGUACCGAAGUUGGUCAUUUCCUUCUGCUUCUCAAUAAUUCCGGGCUCUUCAUGGCCGAAAUUACGCCGCUGGCUCUCCGUCGUUUGGAAGCCGAUUGGAGAGACCGUAGGCGAGAAAGGAUGGAGGCUAGCUUGAGACGCCGGGUCAGAGACGUCGGCGGCUCUGGGUCGCUCCGGUUACCAGCUGCAUCAGCAAACACAAUUCUUCCCAAGAUUUCCCUUACCCAGCUUCCGGUCCAUCCGGCCAACAAAUCCCUUCCCGGGGAUCGAUCAUAUACCAAACGCGGCGACGGAUCGGCAGAAGGAACCAAGGCGAAAUCGCCUGAAAGAACCUCGCCUCAUCGUAUAGAGCCGCGACGAGCCGUACCGAACACAAAAAUUUUGCCUGCUCGUCAUGCAGCAAAAGAUAGCGAAUCCCUGGAUCGCGACCAUGAGAUGGCUUCGAUCCCUACUACGAAGUUGGAAGCUUUGUCUUCAGGUGCGCUGCCGCCCGGGAUAUACACACUCGACGGCGGACGAUUGGUCAUCCGACCAAGUAUCCCAGUGGAAUCGACAUGGACAGGUCUUUCGAUGGAACUCGUCGCAAGAAAGGUGCGAUACGAUAUCUCCGCGGACGGCCACCUCUGCACCAUGACGCAGCUUUCUCCACGGACGCACACGAAAGGCCCCAGCAUCCUGCGCCUGACAGACUCGAGCGGCUGGACUCGUCGGGAAGUAGGAACAUGGAGAUAUGUGGCCGCCAUGGUGGAUCAGGCGAAAAAGAAGACAGACCAAGCUGUUUUCCGCCUGCAACAGGGUCGCAUCCAUGUGACUUGCUCGUCGCCUCCGGAAAUCGUAUUUUACAGCAACGAUACGCCACCACUACCGACACCAGCGCCUAUUGUUACGUGCUCUAAAAUCGUGGUCAAUCAGCUGAGCGAUAAGUGUACCAUAUCGCUGUCUCGCAAGCCGAGGUCAUCCGGCAAGGAUGUGGCGAUGGGGCAUACAAGCCGCGUUCUCACUAAGCGCGUCAUCGUCGGUAUGAAUGUGCGAGAUCUCUUGAAAGCGCUGGAAGAACAACCUGAAAACGGCGACUUGGCUUGGAGUACUGCGGAGGUCGCAAUGCUGAGGUCUUUUCUAGACACGUUGCCCGUCUGGGAGCGCUAUCUCAAAUGAUAGUCGUUUCCUUGUGAUCGAUCGCAUUUAGUUGGCCGUGAAGCGCGGAAAAUACAUUAUACAGGCUUUCCCGCAAGCAGGUCUCUGAAAUGAUCCUGUCCCUUCAUUCCAUCUCGUGCGUU